AUGUUGAGAAGAAGUCCUCGUUUGGAGGAAGCUGGCUAUUACAGGGAGGAGAGGACUCCAAUCAUUUCCUACAGGGAGACCUGUUACAGGAUCUUUCAGAGGAGGAAAGGUCAACGUGGUCAUCACCACGAGUCAAUAGGCCAUGACGGAAACACCAGUAACAUCGGUGACACACAAAAUCACUAUCUACAUCACAACACUACACAAAUCCCUUUUGAGACUCAGACCAUAAAGAUCGGAGUCCCCACUCAGACCAUAGAGACCGGAGUCCCCACUCAGACCAUAGAGACCGGAGUCCCCACUCAGACCAUAGAGACCGGAGUCCCCACUCAGACCAAUCACACUUGGACCACUGCAGUAAAGAUUAUCAGCGUUCUCUGCAUCCUGCUCCUUCUGGCCCUUGGAAUCACACAUUACAUACACAUGAGCAUGCAUGUAAAAGAGCUCCAGCAGGAGAUGGAGAUACUCCAGAAAGAUGGCAUCAAGAUUAUGCAACUAAAACAGAUAAAUGAGGGGGAGGAGAUGCUCAAGCAAAAUCUGAUGAUGGGGAUGGAACUAAAGAAGCUCCAGCUGGAUGUGGAGCUACUCAGGCAAUAUGUGUUCAUACGGAAGGAUGCUCAUUUCUACCACUGACGAGGAAGGAACCCAUUUGGGAACACUGGUUUAUGAUGAAGACGGCGCAGCAUUUCAGACCUUUAAACUGCCUAAUCCAGACAAAGGAGUCUUCCGAUAUGUGAAGCUACAGAUUGACAGCAACUGGGGAAACAUAGACUACACCUGCCUGUACAGCUUCAGGGUUCACGGUAAGAUAGUUGAAGCUGAAGGUAAAUCAACCGCAAAACUACCUGAAUCCACCUGAAUUUGUGUACUAAAAUUUGUAGUCACUAAAAUAUCAGCAAACAUAUAUGUAUUUCCCCCCCAAUAUAUUUUAAAACAUAUUGUAAAUGGAGGUGGAGAAAUUCGAUUAAAUUCAAAUCAAUUUUAUUUUAGUGUCAAAUGAUAACAGAAGAUAUCUCAGGACACUUUCCUGUUAGAGUAGGUCUAGACCAGUGGUUUUCAAAGUGGGGUCCGGACCUUUAGGGGGCUCCAGGGGGUCCCCAGCAAAAAGGGGAAUCAUUUAUUAUUACUACCAUUCCAUCCAUAAGUAACACAAUAACAGCAAUUAUGACUAUUUUGGUCAUAGGUUUUAUACACUUUAUGAACAUCUAAAAGCAAAAGUCCUAUCAGAUGGGGGGACACUGGGACAAAAUCUUAUUAAAUGGGGUCUGUGGUCUAAUUUGUGUCGGUUUAGGGGUCCUUAGUAUCACAUUGCCAUUAGACCACAGCGCUGGGGAGUAAGGUCUGGCUACAUCACACAUACAUUCUAGGAUUGGAGAAAAAAACGAUCUGGGAAGUUUGCAUUCCUUUAAACCAAUCACAAUCGUUUUGGGCGCCGCUAAGUUCUGGACGCUGUGACGGUGGCUCUGCAAAAAAGUCUCGUGAAGAAACUUGUUUUGGUGGAACAUUUGCACCCCGCAAAAGAAAAACGCCACAUUAAAUAUAAAUUAUAUUUUAAUGUACACAGUGCCAUGGAUACGCAUUGCUAGGCCUCUGUCCUGAUUUUAGGGGUGGAACGGUACACAGAAGUCACGGUCCAGUUUAUACCUUGGUUCAGACAUCACGGUUCGGGGAUGGGAGGAAAACGUGCUUUGGUUUAGUGGCAUUUCUUUAAACCAAUCAGAAUCGUUAUGGGCGAUGCUAAACUCCACACAGAGCCGCUGCAAAAUAGCCGUGCGAGAGAAAACUCAGA